ACAACGUACCGAUCACUCUCAUUUCGUUGCUAUUAAAGCCCAAGUCCUGGUUCUCUUCGUCGUCUCCGAAGACUCGAAGUCCGAGAGAGAGAGAGAUGGCCGGAGUACGAGGAUCGGCGGCGGCGGAGGGAGCGGAGGAGUACGAGGAUCUGAUGCCGGCGAUGGCGGAGAGGUUAGGAGCGGCGGAGUUCGUGGCGGAGCUUUGCGGAGGGUUCAGACUACUGGCGGAUCCAACAAGGGGGCUGAUCACGCCGGAGAGCUUGAGGAGGAACUGCGCCCUUUUGGGGAUGGCCGGAAUGAGCGCCGGAGAUGCCGAAGGUAUGGUCCGUGAGGGCGAUCUCGACGGCGAUGGAGCUCUCAAUCAGACGGAGUUUUGCAUCUUGAUGGUAAGGCUUAGCCCUGAGAUGAUGGAUGAUGCUGAAGCUUGGCUUGAGAAAGCCAUUGAGAAAGAGAUCAUUGAGAGAAGAGGAUCCUCUUCAUCCUCAUCUUCAUCUUCUUCAUCUUCAUCUUCAUCUUCAUCUUCUUCUUCUUCUUCUUCUUCUACUGCUGCUGUGUGAAUUGGAAGAGGGUUUCUCUCUUCUUUGGAUUGAAUGAUUGGGAUCUUUUUUCUCCGUUUCA